AUGUUAUCCCAAGUUUUAUCUUCACCUUCUUCACCAAUUCCCUCAACACACCCACCACUACCACCACCAACAACACCUACUAUACCAAAACAAAGAGAAUUACUUGAAUAUUUAUUUAAAUUUUAUAGAAAAGAAUUACGUCCAGUAAUUAAUGAAAGUACAGUUACUGAAGUUGCUGUUCAAUUAUAUUUUAAACAAAUACAAAAAGUUAGGGAAAAUGAUCAAAUAAUUACUGUUUAUUGUUGGUUAGAAGAGUAUUGGACCGAUGAAUUUCUUCGUUGGGAUCCUUCAACCUUUGGAGGAAUUAAACAAUUACAUAUUCCUGCAGAAAUGAUUUGGCGUCCAGAUUUACUUGUUUACAAUAAUGCAAAUAUGAAUGUACACGAAAGCGAAAUGAUGACAAAUGCUUUAGUUCAACACGAUGGGCGUGUGUCUCUUUUUCGCGCUGUGAUAACUGGGAUAAGUUGUCAUCUAAAUUUGGUUUAG